AUGGCCGCUGUGCCGGUCCUGUUCUCCGCGGGAGAGCUGCUCUCAGAGUUGGCCGAGGAGAACGAGGACGAGCUUGCCUGGCUGGGGGUCGCCGUCCUGGCUGCUCAGGAGUUGGGAAACGGUUCUUGGUGUAGUUCAAGAUUUCCGGGCGAUUGCUGGCGCGAUGGAGGCCCUGGCUCGAAGAACGGCUGGGCCGAGGGCGUCCUGCAGCUACUGCAGGGCCAGCUGCCGGAGAUUGCUCUACCGUGGGCGCUGGUUUUGGAGGCUUCACGGCUGUGGUGGCCGCCUGGCAAUUGCGCAAACGCCGCAUGUGCCAACUUGGCUGGCGACAGCGAGUCGGAGCUGCCGGCGCCCAAGUGCGGCCGCUGCGGCUAG